AUUCCAGGGGGCGGAGCUUGCGUCCAGUUACUUACCUCGGCGUAGCUCUGUGGCGUUUGUUUGGCGAAGAGUUAAACGUAUUAAGCGUCGUAAAAUAUUUAGCAAAUCAUUCCGAUUCGUAAGAUGAACAGCAUUAUUAGAUCGACAGCUCGGUGUCUUCGAGCGGGCGCAUGGCAGUACAGGACAGCGCAGAAUAAUGGAGAGCUGCUGUCUGGUUGGGCCCGCCUCAUGUGCUCCUCCUCAGCGGCCCAGAAGACUCUGGAGGAAAUGGUGAAGAAGGACAAAGUGGUGGUCUUCAUUAAAGGCACCCCCGCACAGCCCAUGUGCGGCUUCAGCAACGCCGUCGUCCAGAUCCUGAGAAUGCACGGGGUCGACAACUAUGCUGCUUAUAAUGUGCUGGACGAUCAGGACAUCAGAGAAGGAAUCAAGACUUUCUCCAACUGGCCGACGAUUCCGCAGGUGUUCUUCAACGGUGAGUUUGUCGGCGGCUGCGAUAUUCUUCUUCAGAUGCAUCAGAGCGGAGAUCUGGUAGAGGAACUUCAGAAGCUGGGAAUCAGGUCGGCUCUCUCGGAUCAAGAGAAAGAGUCCAAGUAGGAUGGUCUUUGGGGUGAUUAUCCAUUGUAAACCUCCCAAAGGUUAACUUGACCUGCUGAAGUCCAAACUGUCCUCCAGAUGACUGAAGGAAGUGAUGUCAAACCUCCCGAAUCCAGAAAAAUCACUGUAAAACACUUGACGUAGAAUUGCCGUAUUACACAUGAUGAUUCUAUUGCAGUAUGCUUGUCUUUAUUUCAGAUACUCUAAUGUUAGGCCACUGCAUAUUUAAAAUGUAUUUUCAAAUAUAUUAUUAAAUGUAUUUUAGAUGUAUAUCAUUCUUCUUUUUUUGUCAAUAAAAUAUUUUAAAGCACCCAUUGUUUGGAACUAAAGCUGCUGGGUGUGUCACAUGA